AUGGGGGACGAGAAACAGACCAUCAAUGAGGGCUCGAACGAUGCUUCACCGGAUCUGGACGUGAAUGGCAUGAUAUUAAUAAAUAAUGAAGACUAUUCCAAGUGGUCGGUCGAUGAUGUAAUCACUUGGUGUAUAUCCACGCUGGAGGUGGAAGAGACCGACCCAUUAUGCCAGAAACUACGAGAAAAUGAUAUUGUAGGAGAUCUUUUGCCGGAAUUGUGCUUACAAGAUUGUCAAGACUUGUGUGAAGGUGAUUUGAAUAAGGCUAUAAAAUUCAAAAUAUUGAUUAAUAAGCUAAGAGACACCAAGUUGGAGUGGAAGGACGACAAGACUCAAGAGGACAUGAUAACAGUACUGAAAAACUUGUACACCACUACAUCUGCGAAAUUGCAAGAAUUUCAAUCACAGUACACAAGGCUGAGGAUGGAUGUCUUAGAAGUAAUGAAGACCAGCUCAACCUCGUCUCCUAUUAACACGCAUGGACCUUCCACUACGGCGCCUUCGUCAAACAACACAAUUAUACCCAGUAGUGAUGGUGUGUCUCUUUCACAAACAGAUUAUUUCGACACAGUUCAUCACCGACAAUCACCGUCAAGGAGAGAAUCCCCCGUUACGGUAUUUAGGCAGCCCAGUCUUUCCCAUUCAAAAUCUAUGCUCAAGGAUAGCAAGAACAAAGUACCCCAAAUAUCCACUAACCAACCUCAUCCCUCUACGGCUUCAACGGCAAACACACCGGGGCCAUCGCCUAACGAGGCGUUAAAACAGUUGCGUGCAUCUAAAGAAGACUCCUGUGAAAGGAUCUUGAAAAAUGCAAUGAAAAGGCAUAACUUAGCAGAUCAGGAUUGGAGGCAAUAUGUCUUGGUCAUUUGCUAUGGGGAUCAGGAAAGGCUGUUAGAAUUGAAUGAAAAGCCUGUGAUCAUAUUCAAGAACUUAAAGCAACAGGGUUUGCACCCCGCCAUUAUGUUAAGAAGACGGGGUGAUUUCGAAGAAGUAGCAAUAAAGAACGGAAGUGACAAUAUCACCCCAGGCGGAAGACUCUAA